ACGCACAUUCAUUUCUCCCCUUUUAACGACGCGAGGCAGAAACAGCACUUCUUAGGAACCAGACGAUAUUAUUUCCGUAGACCGAAAAAUGAGUUCAACAAUGCUCCAGACCGCAAUUCCCAUCUUGGCGUAUUGCGGGUCGUCCAUCACAAUGACGCUUGUCAACAAGCUGGUUCUGUCGAGCUUCGAGUACCACAUGGUGUUCUUCAUGCUGGCAGUUCAGGCGUUCGGCAGUGUCGCGCUGAUGGUCCUGGCGCACCACGUCGGGCUGAACGUGAAGUACCGGGCGAUGAACAAGAAGGACGCGAUGACCUGGUUCCCGGUAGCAUGCUCGCAGGCGCUGAUGCUGUACACUGGCGGUAAGGCGCUGGAGUACUUGAACGUGCCGCUGUUCACAGUCUUCAAGAACCUGACGAUCAUCGCGGUCGCGUACGGCGAGAAGUGGGUAUUCAAGGCCUCGGUGACGCCGCUGAUGCUCACGUCGUUCUCGCUGAUGGUCCUAUCGUCGCUUGUGGGCGCCUGGAACGACAUCACGUUCAACGGCCACGGGUACUUCUGGAUGAGCUUUAACUGCCUGGCGUCAGCGACGUUUGUGAUCCACAUGCGCAAGGUGAUCAAGCAGGUGAACUUUAAGGACUUUGACACCGUGUACUUCAACAACCUGCUGACGCUGCCGCUGUACAUGGUCAUGAGCCUGCUGAUGGAGGACUGGACUGGUUUCACGGGCUACUACUCGAACCCGGUGAACUCGGCGGAGCUGUACUCGUUUGUGCGCGGCAUGUUCGUGUCGGGCGUGGCCGCCUUUGCUAUCUCGUACUGCUCGCCGUGGUGCCUGCGCACGACCUCGUCCACCACGUACUCGAUGAUCGGUGCCCUCAACAAGCUGCCGAUUGCGCUGUUCGCCAUGCUGUGGUUCCCCGAUCCCAUCACGGCUGGCGGCGUGCUGGCGGUGCUGCUGGGCUUUGCCGCCGGCCUCGUGUACACGCAUGCCAAGAACAUCCAGAAGCGCGAUACGCCGCAGGGCGCCCAGGUCCUGCCGCCGCCCAUUUCCAUGGAUCGGCUGAACCAGAGCAACGGCGACUCUGCCAGCUCGGCUCACGCCAGCUCCAAGUAGAAAAAUGCAUUUUAUACGACUAGAAUGUGUCUACCAUCCUAGAUUUUUCCCCCAUGCGCACUCGUUAAGAAAUUGACCCUCCUCAGAA